AUGAGAUUGCUUAGACGAAAACCAAGACAGAAACGAACCGAACUUCAUGGGUUAUGCAAUACUAGUAAUAGAAAGCUCUUGUGGCUUUGCUGCUUGCUUGUGGCCAUAUUAUUUGUGACCCAGUCGCUGAUAUCGUUCAUUCCCGUCACAUCUAGAUUCAACCCCUCUGAAAUCUGGAAGAAGAAUGGCAUCAAACUGACAACAAGCACCAAGCUGGUAUUUCCUAGCACUGGAGUGGAAGCCAAUUGGGGUCUGACAACGGCUGCACAGGAUUGGAGGAACUAUGAUGCCAACCGCACAAUUGCCUUUGUCCAUAUUGGGAAAGCUGGGGGCUUGACGGUUAAGAAUUCCACCAGCUGCCGACCAAAGAGUCCAAAGCAAGCUGAAACUUGUCUCAAAAACCGAUUCAAUAGCAAUUUGAUACUGCCACGGCAAGUGAAAUACUACUUGCACAUGCAUUUAUAUCAGCCCAACCAACUGGCCGAGGCCACCAGCUUCUUGGUGGUACUAAGACACCCCGUCGAUCGACUCAUAUCAAGUUAUCGAUAUAGCCAUCCAGACAACUGCUGCAAAAGCUUGCGCGGACGUCCCUUCCAACCUGGUGGCUGUGCUCUUGAAAAAAUGUCAAAAAACCCAGGAAGGCCAGCUUAUGAAAUCUACUCACGAUGCUGGCCGUCGCCGGGAAUGGAAGAUUUUGCCCAGGCAGUGUUGUCUCCCUAUCCCACAGAAUUCAAUGCGAGUCAUCUUGCCAACGAAACACUGCAAUAUCAAAAGGAAUCUCCCAAGUUGUGUCGACGAAUCGCUCAUCGCAUGGCGCGGGGAUUAGGACCCAGUGAUCCCAAUCUACACAUGUAUUACAAUUAUGAGUACUACAUGAAUCGCACUGUCCUUGAAUAUCCGGACAAGGAAGUGCUCGGAAUUCGCAUGGAACAUGUGUGGAAGGAUCUACAGGAUUUAGACGUGGCCCUGGGUGGCGCAGGUGUCUUCAACAUGAAAGGCAGUGCCAUUUCCCAUGGCAGCAACUCCUAUUUUCCGUCACCGGUGUCUACAGCAGCAUACCAAAAGUUGUGCUGUGUACUGGAAAGAGAAAUUGCCCAUUAUCUGGAGCUCUUGUUCAAAGUCAAAAACUUGAAUGAUGCUGCCAAACAGGAAGGGUGGGAGAAAGUCCGGACUUCUUGUGGCAUAGGCUCCCAAUCUCUGGACGAAUGGAGAACACAGUGUCAAGCCAGAAUAGAACAAGAUAGACCGCUCUGGGAUUGA